GAGCCUUUUGUGGCCGAUGAAUACAUUGAGCGUCUCGUAUGGAGAACCCCAGGAGGUGGUUCUAGAGGUGGAUCUGAAGCUUUUGAUCCUAAAAGGUUAUUAGAAGAAUUUGUGAAUCAUAUUCAAGAACUCCAGAUAAUGGAUGAAAGGAUUCAAAGGAAAGUGGAGAAAUUAGAACAACAGUGUCAGAAAGAAGCUAAGGAAUUUGCCAAGAAGGUACAAGAGCUCCAGAAAAGCAAUCAGGUUGCCUUCCAACAUUUCCAAGAAUUAGAUGAGCACAUUAGCUAUGUAGCCACCAAAGUGUGUCAUCUUGGAGACCAGUUGGAAGGGGUAAACACACCUAGACAACGUGCAGUAGAAGCUCAGAAAUUAAUGAAGUAUUUUAAUGAGUUUCUAGAUGGAGAAUUGAAAUCUGAUGUUUUUACAAAUUCUGAAAAGAUAAAGGAAGCAGCAGACGUCAUUCAGAAAUUGCAUCUGAUUGCCCAGGAGUUACCUUUUGAUAGGUUUUCAGAAGUAAAAUCCAAAAUUGCAAGUAAAUACCAUGAUUUGGAAUGCCAGCUGAUUCAGGAGUUUACUAGUGCCCAAAGAAGAGGGGAGAUCUCCAGGAUGAGGGAAGUAGCAGCAGUUUUACUUCAUUUUAAGGGUUAUUCCCAUUGUAUUGAUGUUUAUAUAAAGCAGUGCCAAGAGGGUGCUUACAUGAGAAAUGACAUAUUUGAAGAUGCAGCAAUACUCUGUCAGCGAGUGAACAAGCAAGUUGGAGAUAUCUUUAGUAAUCCAGAAGCAGUACUGGCUAAACUUAUUCAGAAUGUGUUUGAAAUCAAACUACAGAGUUUUGUAAAAGAUCAGUUAGAAGAAUGUAGGAAAUCGGAUGCUGAGCAGUAUCUCAAAAGUCUCUAUGAUCUGUAUACCAGAACCACCAGUCUUUCCAGCAAAUUGAUGGAGUUUAACUUAGGUACUGAUAAACAGACUUUCUUGUCUAAACUUAUCAAAUCCAUUUUCAUUUCCUAUUUGGAGAACUAUAUUGAAGUGGAGAUUGGAUAUUUGAAAAGCAGAAGUGCUAUGAUCCUACAGCGCUAUUAUGAUUCAAAAAACCACCAAAAGAGAUCCAUUGGCACAGGAGGUAUUCAAGAUUUGAAAGAAAGGAUUAGACAACGUACCAACUUACCACUGGGGCCAAGUAUUGAUACGCAUGGGGAAACUUUCCUAUCUCAAGAAGUGGUAGUUAAUCUUUUACAAGAAACCAAACAAGCCUUUGAGAGAUGUCAUAGGCUUUCUGAUCCUUCUGAUUUACCAAGGAAUGCCUUUAGAAUUUUUACCAUUCUUGUGGAAUUUUUAUGUAUUGAGCAUAUUGAUUAUGCUUUAGAAACGGGGCUUGCUGGAAUUCCAUCAUCAGAUUCUAGGAAUGCAAAUCUCUAUUUUUUGGAUGUUGUACAACAGGCCAAUACUAUUUUUCAUCUUUUUGACAAACAGUUUAAUGAUCACCUUAUGCCACUAAUAAGCUCUUCUCCUAAGUUAUCUGAAUGCCUUCAGAAGAAAAAAGAGAUAAUUGAGCAGAUGGAAAUGAAAUUGGAUACUGGCAUCGAUAGGACAUUAAAUUGUAUGAUUGGACAGAUGAAGCAUAUCUUGGCAGCAGAACAAAAGAAAACAGAUUUUAAGCCAGAAGAUGAAAACAAUGUUUUGAUUCAGUAUACUAAUGCAUGUGUAAAAGUCUGUGUUUAUGUAAGAAAACAAGUUGAGAAGAUUAAAAAUUCCAUGGAUGGGAAGAAUGUAGACACAGUUCUGAUGGAACUUGGAGUACGUUUUCAUCGACUCAUUUAUGAACAUCUUCAACAAUAUUCCUAUAGUUGUAUGGGUGGCAUGUUAGCAAUUUGCGAUGUAGCUGAAUAUAGAAAAUGUGCCAAAGACUUCAAGAUUCCAAUGGUAUUACAUCUUUUUGACACUCUGCAUGCACUUUGCAAUCUCCUGGUCGUUGCUCCAGAUAAUUUAAAGCAAGUCUGCUCAGGGGAACAGCUUGCCAGUCUGGACAAGAACAUACUUCACUCCUUCGUACAACUUCGUGCUGACUAUAGAUCUGCUCGCCUAGCUCGACACUUCAGCUGAGUUGAAGUUACAAAGGAAAUGUGUUCUAUUUCAGAAGGCCUCGGAUGAUAGAAAGCACAGGAGAUUCCUGUGACACAACCAAUAUUUUAUGUGAAAAAAUGACUGGAAGCAAACAGCAGCCAUACUUACCCAGGAAUUUUAUUUGAAAUUUGGACACCACUAUCUAUCUAUAUUUUGCUUUUUAUCUUUUCCCUGUUUACAUUGAAUUCCAUACUUUAAUUUAUAAGUUUCAAAUUCUAUAAACCUAUACAUGAUUGUUAUAAUCCUGAAAAACAUUGGUGUCAGAAGAUGAAUGAAAUUUCACCAGUGUUCUGGUUCUUGAUCUUUAACGUAUUCUAUCUGGAAAUCUUACCAUCCUGUUUUGCAUUAAAAUAGGUGAAGUGCAGUAGAACUAUAUUUCUUAUUUAUCAGUUUUUCAGUUAACUUUCAGCACUGGUGAUUGUUAAUCAAGUUAUUAGAUUUUCCUAAAGAACUUGUUACAACUCAAAAGGACCACAGAUGAGCAUUGUUUCUGUAGGUGGUUGGAGGACUUUUCCUGAGGUACAGCAGCAGUGCUAGUCCAGGGAAAAUAUUAUGAACUAAACUAAAAUGAUGACCUGUUUUAAGUAGACAUUAGGAACAGAUCAGAAUAUAUCUGCUUUCUGGGUAAAACUUAAAGUUUACUAUUUCUUAUUUGGUAAAUAGGUUUUAAGCCAAUUAAUUAGCAAGAAAUUAAUGAAACUACCUUGUUUUAUAUUUAACUUAAGGUGGAAUACUUUAAAGGACCAUGUUUGUUAUUUUAAUACUCUGAGUAAAAAGGUGACAUAGUGUAAAUGGUUGAAAUAGCAACAUGUUUGGCAACAGUGCAGUCAGUCCCUUAAGGCCAAUCUUGAAUGAAAUGGGAUGGCUAAACAUGCAGUAGUCUUCUAUUUUAAGAGGAAUUGAGAAUUUCAGGUAAUAAGUAGUAUAUAUUCCAAAUUUGGAGGCAAGCUUACAGCAAAAACCUGCUUUUCAGAUCUGAAGAUUCUUUCAUUGUCCAUUGUCCAUUUUCAAGGCAUUUCUGAAUAUUGGAUGCUACUAAUUGAAUUGGCUUAAUAUAGUAAAGUAAUAAAUCACUCACAAUUUUAAACAUCGAAUAAAAUUUAGAAAGGCCAUUGCUCUAAAAGCCCUAUUAACUUACUAUGUGGGAAUACAUUCUAAGUUAUAUAUAGUCCAUUAUAUUGUUCAUGGUCUUCUAGGACCCAGGUAAGCUGUAAUGUUCACUUCAUUCAUAGUAUUGUUUUCUCUUAAUGUAGGUUUGGCCUAAUUUGGGGGGAACUGUUUUUUAAUUAUGAGAACCUCACUCUCAAUAGCUGUCAGCAUUACUAAGCUGUCUAGUCCAGAACUAGCUACUGUACAAGUUACUAUUGACUGGAUUUUCAUUUUCUGUUUAGCCCAGUGUUACUAAGGUAAGCAAGGGCAGUGAGCAUGACAACUUUUGUCACUUUUAUAGGACAGUGUGGCAGUUUUAGAGGCUUUCUGGAUAGCUAGCCUCAGGCAAGGGAGAGCCAGAACAGGUUCUAGAUAUUAGAAAAGCUCUAUGCUUGUACUGUUGCCACUUUAGGAAGUACUGGUGUGAAUUCAGAUUAUACCUCUGUUACUUAAAGCCAACAGUUUUAAGGCAGUAGUUAUACUGGCCAUUUGAACUCUUUGUACAGUGUCAAUUUGUAAAAAAAAAAAAAAAAAAGAAGAAGAAGAAAAAAAUCAAAAUAAAACAUGAGAUAACAUUUUAUGACUUCCAAAUCAGAAAAGCACUUCAAAUUAUUUUGUUUGGAUUGAUUUUAAAAAAUGUAAAGCAGUUACUUGUUGCUUAGAUAUUUUGUUAAUUAUUAUUUCCAUGCUUGAGUUCUGUGCAAUAUUUUCUAUUAUGUCCACUGACAGGACAAAGAAAAUUCAAAGUGAAUACCUUAUUUAGAAGUGUUAAUUUUCAUGCUCAAUAAACAAAUUCCCUGCAGUUGUUUUUUUUUUAUUUUCACCCUAUUUUUACAUUUUAAGGACAUCUAUAGUGAAUUAUAUAUUUGGUUUUUUACUAAAAGUAUUCCUUAUUUUUCAUAGCUUAGGUCUCCCCCUUUUUGCAGAAAAGAACAUGAUUGUAUAAUUAAGAUUUAGGAAUCUAGUUAGAAUAGGGUGUUUAUCUAAAGAAAUAAAAAUAUGUGUUGUUUAAACCAG